GCGAUGCCGUGAAGGGGCGUGUUUUCCUCACCUUUGGGGUUUGGAACCUGCUGCUUCUUGUCGCGGAGCUGGCAAAGGGGAUAGAAAUCACGACCUUGUGCUUGCCAGGCUGGAGCUGUGCUGCUGAGCUACAUUCCCAGCCUUCUUCCCAAUAUUUUCAGUCUACCUCUGGUUGAAUCUGAGGUGGUGGAUUCAACCGCACGGAUACAGCCGGCCAAGUGUGCACACACCCCUUCCGGGUGAUUUCAGAGAAAAACAAAGUAGAAGCUAAGCCUCGGGCUCCAAUCAACAGUGAACAGCUGAGAAAGCACCAUCGCCAUGGAACGGGGUCGUGAGAUGCAGGCCUCCUUGCUCUCCGUGGAGGAUCCCAUGCAGCAGGACACUGACACUGACUGUGAGGUCUCCCGCAUGCAAUUCAGACAUUUCAAGUACAGUGAAGAAGAAGGCCCAUGGGAAAACUUCAACAGACUCUGGGAACUUUGCUGUCAGUGGUUGAAACCAAAAGUACGCUCCAUAGAACAAGUCCUGGAACUGCUCGUGAUGGAGCAGUUCCUCACUGUUCUGCCCACAGAGAUAGAGACGUGGGUGAGCGCGUAUGCCCCAGAGAGUAAAGAGAAAUUAUUUGCACUGAUAGAACUCUUACAAAGUGAAAGUGAGCCAGCAGGACAUCAGGAACUGAUGCCAUUUGGAAUGGUAUCACCACUACCAGCAAUUAGCCCGGAGCCACCUGCACUGCUGUUAAUGGGACAAGUCCAGGAGUUCCCAGUGCCAGGACCCUGGAAUCCACAGGCGGGCCCGCGGGAGCUGAACUGCGGUGAGGCUGACAAAUCUCUAACCUUUCCGGACCCCGAGCCCGAUCCACAUCUUUAG